CCACCACCCACCCACCUCAAAUAUGUCCCCGUCAGAGCUAUAGAGGGCUGCAGCUUCGGCUGCAAUCUUUGUCACCAUCCUCCGUGACAAAGCUCAUCGCAAUCUGGGCGCAACUCUUUCCACACCGCCCACCCACCACGCCCCGCUAUGCCUCACAAACAGAAGAAGAAUUUCACCAAUGCCCCAAAGAUCGGCUCGCCCCGGGCGGAGAAGAAGCAGCACCAGCUCGUGCCUGACUCGCCGCCCUUUGCCGCCCCAGUCCUAGCCCCCACCAAUUACCAGGAAAUCCACCAGAAUGAGGUCGAGGCCCUGCGUUCCAUCUACGGCGAUGACUUCGAGGAGGUGCAGCACAGGCGAUCUGCCUGGCAGCAAUCGUCCGAGGUGGCCUUCAAGCUUCACCUACGAGCUUCCUCCAACCCAGAGGUCCACCUGGAAUUGCUGGUCGAGUUGCCGACCACCUACCCCAAGACCUUCCCCAACCUGUCGGUGGAAAACCUUGAGGACCUCCGCCAAGGCGCUAGAUCGAGAAUCCAAGACAUCCUGCGAACCAAGCCGAAGACCCUUCUGGGCUCCGAGAUGAUAUACGAGCUGGCCGUGUCGAUCCAAGAUGUCCUCGAGGAUGCCGCGGAGACACAGGCCCAGGACAAGGACCUUCCCAGUCUCGAGGAGGAGCGCAUGGAACAGGAAGCCGCUGCCAACCAACGAGCAGAGCUGGAGCGACAGGAGGAACUUCGGAAACAGGAGGCGGCUACGGCGGAAGAGGAACGUGCUUUGCAGCAGCUCCUGGAUGAUAAGGCUAGGGAGCGGACGAAGGCGCGCCUGUCCCGACGCAAGAGUCGCACUCCCGGCCUGGAUGCGAACGGCGACCCCGAUGCUGCGGAUAACAUUCCCGGUGCAAUCACCUUCGACCCUCCCCUGGCCAUGACGGACGCGGAUCAGAGCACAUUGGUCUUCCGGGCUGUCUAUGGGAAGUCACUACUCCAGAGUAGCCCAGCGAAGGAGACGUUCACCGUAAGACCAGUCGUCUCGGAGAGUCGAUCCCAUGCGCCUCUCCUGGUCCUGAAAGAAAUCUCCCUCGACGAGAAGGGCGUUGAGCCCCUCCAGUUCCGAGAAAAGAUGCGCUCCAGUGAGGACCGACUGGAAGGCCUGAAAAGGCUCCGACAUCCGAAUCUGGUGGACUUUGUUGGGUUCAAGAUCUCCAGACCCUUGAAUAUGUAUGAUACCCAGGACAACAUCUGGACAGUUUAUGCUCUGGUCGAAUAUUCGAACAAGGGAACCCUGACGGAAUUCUUGGAUAUCGUGGGAACCGUUCCUGUCGAGAUACUGCGUAGCUGGACAAUCCAACUCCUGGAAGCCCUGGAGUUUUACCACCGCAGUGGGUUUGUCCAUGGGAACAUCCAUGGCGGUCGUAUCCUCUUAUUCAGAACCCCCACGGGCGGAACCAUUGUCAAACUUCGGGCAGGCAUCGAAGAAGCACUGCCCGACUCUCCCGCCAGCAAACGACUGCUGACGACAUCAAAAUCACCGUUCUGGUUGCCGCCAGAAUUGACCCAGGGCACCGCACCGCUGACGAUGAAGACUGACGUUUGGGACUUGGGUAUCGUCUUCCUCCAGAUGGGAUUCGGCACGGAUGUUCUGCAACGCUACACGUCUGCCAAUGCGCUAAUGAGCACUCUCGGCCUCUCAAGCUCUCUGCAAGACCUCCUGCAUGAGUUCUUUAGGCCAGACCCGAAGAAGCGACCCACGGCGUUUCAACUGCAGCCAUCGGAGUUUUUCCGUGUGGACUCGCCCUUGAUCGCUCGCACAAGUGCCUCGAACUCGAUCUCCCUGCCGAGGCGUCCGCGCCUCGAUUCUCUGGGCGGCUUGCCCGCGUUCUCGCGGUACAACCAGGAUUUUGAUGAGGCAGGGCGAUUGGGGAAAGGAGGGUUUGGUCAGGUUGUCAAGGCUAGGAAUAAGCUUGAUGGACGCUUCUACGCGGUGAAGAAAAUCUGUCAGAAGUCUGCUUCUGCCCUCAAAGACACACUGUCAGAGAUUAUGCUGCUGUCCCGUCUGAAUCAUCCGUAUGUAGUACGUUACUAUACUGCGUGGAUUGAGGAGGAUUAUGACUAUGUAGACGAGGAAGCCAUCUCCUCCACCGAAAGUGAUAUCUUCGCCAGCCGGGACACGCAUGCCUAUGACUAUAGCACCGGAGGACUUGACUUCAUUAGCUCCAGCGGUUACCCCAAGAUUGAGUUCGGCUCAGACAGCGAUGAGGAUCACGAUGGCACGGUGUCGAACCGGGACAAGGGCGAUACGUCUGGGACAUACGAGUCGGAGAGUGGCACUGGCCGAGAGCUCACUCGGAUGCGGUCGGGCUCGCAGGGUAGGCCGGUGCUGACCACGCUCUUCAUCCAGAUGGAGUAUUGUGAGAAGCACACUCUUCGCGACUUGAUAAGGAAUGGCCUCUACGACGAUGUGGAUCGGUCGUGGCGCUUGUUCCGGCAAAUCCUGGACGGGUUGAGCCAUAUCCACGGCCACGGGAUUAUCCAUCGUGAUCUCAAGCCCGACAACAUCUUCAUUGAUGUAGCCAACAACCCCCGCAUCGGAGACUUCGGCCUAGCCACCAGUGGCCAGUUUACGACGGCCGUGCGCUCUUCCUCUGCCGCAGACUUUGAGGGCAACUUUACUCGGAGUUUGGGUACCACGUACUAUGUCGCACCAGAAAUGAAGUCUGGCUUGACAGGCAACUACAACGACAAAGUCGACAUGUACUCCCUGGGAGUAAUCUUCUUCGAAAUGUGCCAUGCCCUUCCCACCGGUAUGGAGCGCGACCAGACUCUUCGAGCCAUCAGAGAGCCGCAACAUAUCCUGCCGCUGACAUUCCAGGAUCCGGAAAAGGCGAUCCAGGGCAGAAUCAUCGGGUCACUGCUGAGCCAUAACCCCAGCGAACGCCCUUCCGCCUCGGAGCUUCUUCACGGCGGCCAGAUUCCUCUGCAGGUCGAAGAAGAGACCUUCAGGCGCGCCAUCAUGCACCUACUUUCCGAUCCCAACUCACCAGACUAUAAGAAGAUCCUGUCCGGGAUUUUCUCGCAGUCACCGAAAAAGUUCGAAGACAUCGCCUGGGACAUGGACUCUCGCGGAACACCAGGAGCGAACGAACUGCUAGUCCAGGGGCUCGUCAAAGAGAGACUAACCUCGAUCUUCCGCCGACACGGAGCCGUGGAAACGUCAAGGCAGAUGCUGUUUCCCAGAUCACAACAUUACAAUAACGGCGCCGUCAGGUUACUGGACUCUUCUGGCAAUCUGCUCCAGCUGCCCUUCGAUCUCACUAUGCCAAACGCACGUGCGAUCCCACGCCAGGAUCCUUCGUUGGAGAAAACCUUUGCCUUUGGAACCGUCUACCGAGAGGUGCCGCACGGUGGCGAGCCCAGGACUCAUAAGGAGGUGGACUUCGAUAUUGUAUCCCAUAAUACCUUGGACCUGGCGUUAAAGGAGGCCGAGGUUAUUAAGGUUAUCGACGAAAUUAUUGAAGAGUUCCCCCCUCUCAGGUCGUCCCCGAUGUGUUUCCUGGUCAAUCACUCCGAUCUGCUUCAGCUUAUCAUGGAAUUUUGUCGGAUUACUCCCUCUCAGAUCCCCCGCGUCAAGGAGAUUGUCAGCAAACUAAAUGUCGGAAAGUGGACGAUGCAAAAAAUCAGGAGCGAGCUUCGCUCUCCCGCAAUUGGUGUUGCCUCAACCUCGUUGGACGACCUUGCCCGGUUUGAUUUCAGAGACUCCCCGAAGCAAGUUCAGAAACGCCUGCGGGUCAUUAUGCAGGGCACGCCGUUUGCUGAGCGGUUGGCGCCAAUUUUUGCGCGCAUCAACCUACUCGUCGCGUAUCUCCAGAACUUCGAUGUGAAACGGAAGGUUUACAUGAACCCUCUGGGAAGUUUGAACGACAAGUUUUUCCGAGGCAGCGUCCUUUUCCAAUGCGUCUUCGAUAGUAAGCGGCGCGAUGUCUUCGCAGCAGGUGGCCGAUAUGACUCGCUAGUCCAGGAAUUCCGCCCCACGGUCUUGGCGAAUCGCUCGCAGACCCAUGCUGUGGGAUUCAAUCUCAGCUGGGACAGACUGAGCUCGUCCAUGCUCGAGUAUCUUAGAACCCCUGCUAAACCCUCCACAAAGCAUUUAGAGAUAGAGGCAGGAGCUUUCUGGAGGACAAGAAGGUGCGACGUGCUCGUUGCGAGUUUCGAUCCCACAGUGCUGCGCACGAUGGGCAUCAAGAUUGUUCAAGAUCUGUGGAUGAAUGAUAUCAGUGCAGAGCUAGCUGUGGACGCGUCGUCCUUGGAAGAGCUCCUGAACAAAUAUAGAGAUGACAGCCAUAGUUGGAUUGUCAUUGCGAAGCCGGACAGCCAGGAGAGAGGUUUCAAAGUCAAGAGUCUCUUCCCGAGGGAAGAAUUCGACAUUCGGAGCUCUGAACUGGUUUCCUGGCUUCGGAACGAGGUUCGUGCGCGCAACCAAAGGGAAGGCGGAGCGGAUCCUCUGCGGCAGACUCGUCUACCCAGCCAGGCGGACCCAAGCCCUGGAUUCGGCGAGCGGCUGAGCGAUGUACGCAUCCUGGUGCCCCAGCAUCGAAGCAAGAAGUCCAACCGUAGGAACAUUGUCGAGACGGCACUGUUCCGAUCCCGCGAGGUGGUCGAGGACGCACUGAAUGGCCCGAUCGCCGCCAUCGAUACUCGGGAUGAGCUGCUCGAGGCCAUCAGGGACACCCGUCUAUCUGAUCCGGAAAGCUGGCGCGCGGUCAUUCAAAACGCCCCCCUCACCGAGCGAAAGUACCUCACUCAGGUGCAUGAACUACUCCUAGAUCUUGCCAACGAGGGCCGUGCGGGCGAUGGCAUGGAGGGCAUCACGAACGCCUUUAUAUACAACUACCGCACAGGAUCAUGUAUAUACUACGAUCUCGGAUGUGGAAACGAUAGGUGA